CUGCCUCACCUUUUUAUUUGGUUCCUAAGUUAAGUUCUUUGUCGCUUCCGCAGACACUUUGGUUUUCGAGGUUCUUAGAUUUCUAGGUUUCAUCAAUCGAACAAUGGCGGAUGUAGAACCAGAGGUUGCUGCGGCUGGAAUCGUGAAAAAGAGAACGUUCAAGAAGUUUUCUUUCAGAGGAGUCGAUCUCGAUGCUCUCCUCGACAUGUCCACCGAAGAUCUUGUCAAGCAUUUUAGUGCACGUAUCCGUAGAAGGUUCUCUAGAGGAUUGACCAGGAAACCUAUGGCUUUGAUCAAGAAAUUGCGCAAAGCGAAGCUAGAGGCACCAGCUGGUGAGAAGCCAGAAGCAGUGAGAACACAUUUAAGGAACAUGAUCAUUGUGCCUGAAAUGAUUGGAAGCAUCAUUGGUGUGUACAAUGGAAAGACUUUUAACCAAGUCGAGAUCAAACCGGAGAUGAUUGGACAUUACUUGGCUGAGUUCUCAAUCUCAUACAAACCGGUUAAGCACGGUAGACCUGGUGUUGGUGCUACCAACUCCUCCAGGUUUAUCCCUCUCAAGUGAAGCCAAUGCAAGACUAAACUCGAUAUUGUUUUGUUUUUCUUUGUUUGCGUCUCUUUUGUUUUGCUACCUAUCGCUUCUUUAGACAACCUUGAAAAAUCUUAUGAGGUUUAGACUUCAGUCUUUUAUUAAAUUAUUCUAUUUUGCUACUCA